CCCGGGGUUCUCCGGAUGCCCCGUUCCUAUUCUUCCCCAGGAUGCCCCGGGACCGCCAUCUCCAUAUCCCCCCGAAGUGCCCCAUGCCCCCCAGAAGUGCCUCCCGUGCUUCCCGGGGUGCCCCCUCCCUACGCUCCCCCAGCAAACCCCAAGACCCCCACUCCCGGCGCUCCUGUCCCCAUGCCAUCCCAGCACCGAAGACAUUUUGGGUGCCACCCCCCACUGAAGAUCCCCCAUCCCGCAGUUUUCUCUCCAGAAAAAGUCCCAGAGAAGCUCGAUGCCAUCGUCAUCGGCAGCGGCAUCGGGGGGCUGGCGGCGGCCGUGCUGCUGGCCAAGGUGGGCCGGCGGGUGCUGGUGCUGGAGCAGCACGGCAGGCUGGGGGGCUGCUGCCAUGCGUUCAGCGAGAAGGGCUUCGAGUUCGACACCGGGAUCCACUACGUGGGGCAGCUGCACGACGGCUCGCUGUGGCGCUUCCUGGUGGACCAGCUGACGGACGGGCAGCUGGAGUGGGCCCCCAUACCCCCCACCUUCGAUGCUGUGGUGCUGGGAGAGCCCGGCCGCGACAAAGCCAUCCAGCUCUGCACCGGGGCCAGGACUUAUUUCAACAGGCUGAAGGAGCAGUUCCCCGGUGAGGAAGCCGCCAUCGAUGAGUUCAAGCGGCUGGUGAAGAGUGUCACCACAGGGUUCUGGGUUCUGGGUGUGCUAAAAUUGCUGCCGCUGCCACUGGUGCAGCUGCUGAGCCGCUCGGGGCUGCUGUCCCUGCUCAGCCCCUUCUGCCGGAUGAACUCACGCAGCGUUAAGGACGUGGUUGACGGCCUCACCACCAACGCCAAACUCAGGGCCGUGUUCAGCUACAUCUUCCCCACCUACGGUAUAGUGCCAGGGUGCUGGGGCACGCCAGAGCAAAGUUGGACCCUUUAAGAGCAAAAACGAAAGGCUUCUUAUCUUCUCCUGUCCCUUCUUUUCC